CUCUUAUGUUUCAUACUCCUCCCAACUACAAAACCUGGGUUUCAAGUUUAAUCCAUUUUUCAUUAACGGGCUGUCUUCUCUAGGUUGGAUUUUUCAUUCUUAAAAUUUUCAAUUUGUGGUUUUUUUUCUUUUUCUUUAGUUUGUUAAGAAGAAGUGCAUUGGUGAUGAGAAAAUGGUUGGGACGGCAAACAAUGGGAGGAGCAGGCAAGCGUUUUCUGUCGUAAAUGAAGGACAAGAUCUCGGCCCUAAUAGUGCUCCCACGAGCAAUGCGGGCUCGGAGUGCGCAUGGAUUGAGUUUACCAGAGAGGAUGUUGACGUACUGCUGAAUGAGAAACCAAAAAGGAAAGACAAAUUCAAUCUUAAGGAAAAAUUUGAUAUCAUGAUGGAGUACAUUAGAAGGCUCAAACUAUGCAUCAAAUGGUUCCAAGAGCUUGAGGGAAACUACUUAAUUGAGCAAGAGAAGCUGCUGAAUGCGUUGGAAUCAGCCAAGCAAAAAUGCAAUGAACUGGAGGUGCUAAUGAAAAACAAGGAAGAAGAGCUGAAUUCAAUUAUUAUGGAGCUAAGAAAGAAUUACGCUUCUUUACAAGAGAAAUUUAUGAAGGAAGAUUUGGAUAAGUUGGCUGCAAUGGAAUCUCUCGCUAGAGAGAAAGAGGCUAGACUUAGUAUUGAGAGAACACAGGCUUCUCUAUCAGAAGAACUUGCCAGAGCUCAACAAGAGCUUUUAAGUUCUAAUCAGAAGAUAUCGUCGCUUAAUGAUAUGUAUAAGCGAUUACAGGAUUACAACACAAGCUUACAGCAGUACAACGGUAAACUUCAUACGGACCUUUCUACAGCUGAGGAUGAGCUAAAGCGUGUAGAGAAAGAGAAGGCUACUAUAGUUGAAAACCUCAGUAUGUUAAGGGGUCAACUUACUUUAUCAAGAGCUUCUCAAGAUGAGGCUAUAAAGCAAAAAGAUGCUUUAGUGAAUGAAGUUGCUCGUCUUCGGGCAGAGUUAAACCAAGUGAGAGAUGAUCAUGACCGCUUGCUAUCACAAGUGCUCAUUUUAACAACUGAUGUAAUGAAAUAUAAAGAGUCUACAGAAAAAUAUAGUGCUGAGAUGGACAUCCUGACAGCUAAAGCAAAUCAACUAGAGUUAACCUUUUCGUCACAAAAUACCCAAAUAGUGGUGCUGAAGAACCAGUUAGCAACUGCAGAGGAGAAAUUGCAGGUUUAUAAUUCAUCUGCAUUGGAGACAAAAGCUGAAUUUGAAGGGCAAAAGAAGCUUAUAAACGAAUUACAACGGCGCCUGGCAGAUGCAGAUUCUAAACUUGUGGAAGGAGAGACACUUCGCAAAAAGUUACAUAAUACGAUAUUGGAGCUAAAAGGCAACAUUCGAGUAUUCUGCAGAGUACGACCUAUUUUGCCUGAUGAUGGUAUUACUACAGAAGUAAACGUUAUCUCUUAUCCCACGUCAAUAGAGGCUCUUGGACGGGGAAUUGAUGUGGUGCAAAAUGGGCAAAGGCAUUCCUUCACAUUUGACAAAGUUUUUAUGCCUGAUGCAACGCAAGACGAUGUUUUCACAGAAAUCUCACAGCUUACACAAAGUGCUCUUGAUGGUUAUAAGGUUUGCAUUUUCGCCUAUGGUCAAACAGGCUCUGGUAAAACUUAUACUAUGUUGGGUAGGCCAGGAUAUCCUGAGCAAAAAGGUUUGAUACCACGUUCGCUAGAACAAAUCUUUCAAACUAGGCAAUCUCUUCAGCCUCAAGGUUGGCAAUAUGAAAUGCAGGUAUCUAUGUUAGAAAUAUAUAAUGAAACAGUUCAUGAUUUGUUAUCAACAAAUCAAUCACCUUCAACAGAAAAUGGCGUUUCUGCAAAGCAAUAUUCAAUUAAACAUGAUGCAAAUGGAAACACGCACGUCUCUGAUCUUACAAUUGUGGAUGUCCACAGUGCUAAAGAGGUCGCAUUUCUUCUAGAUCAGGCUGCAGAGAGCAGGUCUGUAGGCAAGACCCAGAUGAAUGAGCAAUCAUCAAGAAGUCAUUUCGUUUUCACCCUACGAAUAUUUGGAGUAAACGAGAGCACUGAACAGCAAAUACAAGGAGUUCUGAAUCUUAUUGAUCUUGCUGGGAGUGAGCGUCUUUCUAAGAGUGGAUCAAGUGGGGACCGAUUGAAAGAAAGUCAAGCAAAUAAUAAAAGCUUGUCAUCCCUAAGUGAUGUUAUAUAUGCAUUGGCAAAGAAGGAGGACCACAUACCCUUUAGGAGCUCUAAGCUUACACAUCUUCUUCAGCCUUGUUUAGGUGGGCAAUCAAAGACACUGAUGUUUGUAAACGUCUCUCCUGACCCCGCCUCAGUUAGCGAGUCACUUUGCUCACUCCGUUUUGCAGCCCGGGUAAAUGCUUGUGAGAUUGGGAUUCCUCGUCGCCAAACCAACAUGCGGUCUUCAGAUCCACGCUUAAGCUAUGGCUGAACUUUUGAUAGAUUAACGAUCCUUUUUCUUUCCAAGACAAGGAAGUUUUCUGUAUCAUUGUUACCCAUAUCAAAAUACAAAAGGAAUGGUCCUAAUGUAGUUUAGUAUUUUGUAUAGGAAAGGAUAAGUUUGUAUCAGUUCAAGAAAAUGCAUUUCUGAUGAUCAGAUUUCUAAUUGUACUGCUGAUUUGGGAUGAUAUGCCACUCUAGUUAAUAGCUCAGAUGAAUCCCAAAGCACUGCAAUGUUGAAUUAUAAGCACAUAUAGAGUUGUACUAGUGGCUUCUGCAUUGUUUCAACAUAAAUCUGGGUACGAAACCAAAAUAAGAGCUUGGAAACAUGCACACUUUUGACU